AUGAACUGGUUCAAUGAGCAUCCUGUACUUGGAUUGAACUUCGUAUUUUGGGUUAUUGUCCAUGGCGUCGCAGAUGGCGCGUUCAAAAACCUUGCAAGCCUCGAUGAUGUUCUCGCAGUGAGGCCACCCACACACAGAACUUCAUUCACUCUCGAAUGGAAAGAGCAGUGUUUACGGCAACCAUUCUUCAGGAUGGUAAAAAAAAAUGGACCCGAUCCUAUCAACGGCUUAACAUUCUCUUCUCUCAGGCAUCACUUUACAAGUUUGGCAGAACGAGAUGGUUUCAGGGAUAAGUUGCGCGUACAUGGAAUUCGAGGUGGUGUUGCUAACAGACUCGACCCCAAUGCAUCAAAAGCAGCGCGUGGCCAGGCGCUUGAUCAUCAAAAUCCAAACACAUUCUUGAAGUACCAAGCACAACUGAAGACAGUGGAUAUUCAAGCUGCAUUUUGUGGAUUUGAGCCGAAUACCGAAGGCCGCGACAUGCAGCAAAGCAUGGAGCAUCAUCGAGAUUCAAAUGCCCCGCUACGCCUAAACGCAUCUCAAAGAAUCGAAUUCGAAGCAGACCCUGCGGUUAUCAAAAUGAACGAACGAAUUCGAGCUUUGACUCAAGAGAUCGAUGGUAAACCUGACCAACAUCCGAAUCUCUGCAAGGAAAGAUCCACUUUGUACGGACGGAAAGCAAAACUACGACGGAGUUACCAAGACAAACUGGUUAAAGAAUGGUGGUCAUCAUCCUAUGACGAAUACACAUCUGGCAAUGAUUUUUCAGAACAAGACACCACAUCUCUUUUUGAUAUCUAUCGAAAAUAUAUCCCAGAGCGUGAUCGUUUGAGCAAAAGCUUGUUCGAAAAUACACCAAUUGACAGCGAUAUCGGAAGACAAUGUCUCGCGGAUCUGAUCGCCAUCUGCACGCCCACUGAGCGCGUGGUAUACUAUCCUGGGCUACAUCCUGUGGAUGGCCAGUGUCCACUAUGUUCCCAACCAAUGUCGAGGUGCCGUGCCACAUACCUAAUAAUGAAGCCCCUUGUCUUACCUGACAAAAGUAUAAGCUUUCCUCAACGAGCCAAACAUAUUCUUCAAUGCCAACGCAAGUUGCAUAACGCUGCUCCUUAUCAACAGGUUUACAAAAACAACAAGCGCGCACACCGUCGGGUAAAUCACAGUUAUGUUCAGUUCUGUUAUCCGUGCGCCGAGUUGAUAUACGACCAUGAGGAAUGGAAAAGCCAUUGCGAGAGUCAUCUCAACAAUUUGAGUCUCAGAUGUGGAAUGCUCACUUACCGGAGCACUCUUAUAUUCCCUGGAUUUUGUCCUUUUUGUCUUGGCGAUGACAGCAAAGGUAGUGACGAAAGAUUUAAGCAAUGGCUGUCCAAACCCACACUUCUCAAUCACAUCGACGAACAUCUGAACUCACAUGAACACCUAGCUCUGAUUAAUUGUCCCCAUCCCCGCUGUGGCCUCAAAAGUUACAAUGGUACCAUACAUUUACAGCGCCAUUUACUUGAUACACACUCACUGGACGAGCCCCGUCCUAACUGUGUUAGCCGAAAGCGACGAUGGGGAGCUAUCGAAAAAGAGGAUGACUCAUUCAUUUUGCGAGACGAGAAAUAA